AUGCAACAGCUAUCUAGUUUUAGAGGCGAAAAGCUUUCCGUUAUUCCAGGUGAUUCUGAGAGAUCCGUAGGAAGUAAGGGCCUUAAACCUAUAACAGAUCUUCCACAGGAUACUAAAAAAGGCCUUGGAGAAAGCAUAAGAUCAGGAUUUCAGAGCCUAAGAAGAAAAACGUCAUCAUGGAGACGUGCAAAAGUUGAGAAUCUCGAAGACAAAUCUUUUAAAGGGGACAGUGAUAAUGUUACCGACAGCGACAGCGAAGCUUGUCAGAUAUCUCUAUUCGAUACACAAAGACAACGCAACUCAGGAAUUUCGACUGCUUCUUCCACUCGGUCGCAUAAGUUAAGGUUUUGGCUCAAUUCUUUUGAUGAUGUGAACGAUGAUUACAUUAGUGCUCAAUCAACGAAGAGCACAAAAAGUGACGCGAUAAUCUAUCAAUGUCCGCCUAAACAUCGAGUUAGGUUUUGGCUGAAUGAAAGGAACCCAUAUGGCUAUAGCGACUCAAUUUUAGAAGUUAGAUACUCAGAAAUUACCACUCGAAUAAUUCGUUCUCGCUGCUUAGCAAAUAUUGCUGCAGUGGAAGCCUCUAGGAUAGGUGAAUCUCGACGUAGAGUUAGAGCACUCAAAUUUGCCAGCGCUGCUGCUGCUGCUGCAUUUGCUAGAUUCAAAAAAGCUGAAAGAGAUAUCAAUGCAAGCCACGGCAGUAUCGCAAAUGCAGCAAUGUAUGCGUAUAGGGCAAUCGCCGCUGCUUCUGUCAUUCAGCCGCAAAAAAAUGGUGAUUUCAUUAGGCUUCAACAUAAGUUCAAUGAGCAUUUUAAGUACCAGAACGAGUCGGACUAUUUCCGUCGAAUCAAGUAUAUUCCGAUGAAAGAGCUUAAGAAAGGAUCGGCCGAGUAUAAGAUGAACCAAAGGCUCAGGGAAAUUCCUACUCCACCUAUGCAAUAUGAUAUCCUCAAAUAUCACAAUGAUAGGCUGGAUAUGAUCAUUGCCAAAGGUGCUAGAAAAAGGGCCCAACUUUACGUUGCGCAAGGUGCUGCACGGAAUUAUAUAGCUUGA